CACCUUUGUUGGGUCGUUCUCUAUCACUACACCCUGCAAUAGUGUCCGGAUGCCUUCGCAAUUGGUAUUUCGUCUCAUGGAUUUGUUUUUUCUAUGUCACUCUGUCUGUAUCAACAAUGCCUUAAUCCGAAUCUCCUUCAGGAAUCAGGUUUGACGUUUGUCUUGCCCCACGACCUGGUUUCUUUUCGACUUUUCUGCGAACAAGCUCUCUUGGGUUUCGUGUACUCUAAGUUGCGCAGUUCUCAUCCACAAUCUUGUGGAUUCACUUGAUGUAAAAAAAAAAAAAUUAGCUUCUGUCCUUCGUAGUGACAUUCCUUGACUCUUCGGGGGCGGAUUGUAGCAAGCUUCGUAAUGGCAGGCAUGGAUUCAGCAGUCGUGGGUACUAAUGGCAACCACUUAUCCGGCUCUUCAUCAUCGCCAUUGCCACCCCUCGUUUUUAAGGUUGCAGAUAAUCAAGUCGCUGGUCAUCGGUUCGAGGAGGGGCGAGUUGGUUCCUUAAUCGAUGAUUCCGGUCGAUUUUACAAGCCUUUGCAAACUGGUGCCAGAGGUGACAAGGAAGUGAAUUUUUUCAAAAGAUUCCAUUCGGACGUGAAUGUUCCUUCAUCUGUUAAAAGUUUCUUCCCGAAUUUUUUUGGUACUAUAGAGAUCGACACUCCAAAUGGCGGUGGUUUAGUCAGGCAUGCUGUAAUGGAGAAUUUGACAAAUGGGUUUCAGCAUCCAUCAGUAAUGGACGUGAAGAUAGGAUUCCGCACUUGGUAUCUUGAGGCAGGCCCCAAGUAUGUCGAGAAAUGCAAACUGAAGGACCAGGAGACAACUUCCGCAGCUUUGGGUAUUCGUGUUUCCGGAAUGAUGGUUUACGAAGCCAACAAAGGAGAAGCAUGGAAAGCCGGUCGGGACUGGUGUAAAUAUAUUAAGACGGAAGCUGUUUCAGAGGCUCUCGUUCGUUUUGCUUCCUCUAAUCCUUCUGCAGAGAAGGAAUAUGAUGGGGCAUUUUGUAAAGCUGUCUAUGGUGCUACCCUUACAGAACUUCAAAAGCUUAAGUCCUGGUUUGAGGAACAAAAAAGUUAUCACUUCCAUUCGGCGUCUGUGUUGAUAGUUUACGAGGGCAAACCUUCGAGGACGCAAACUGUAUCGGUCAGACUCGUUGAUUUUGCUCAUGUUGUUUACGACAAGAACGAAAUAGAUGAUAAUUUCUUGAGUGGUUUGAAUGCAUUGAUGAAAAUGCUUACAGAAAUUAUUGAUUCCGUUGGGAAUGUUGACACUUCUGCAAGCCACAAAUGAACUACAGGUGGCACUGUCAGGUAGUCUUUAGUUUUGAGCGCACCGUCAUGCAGGCGGUACCAAGGUAGAAUGUAAGCCUUUAUAGGUUGUGUUCACUUGCAAGUCUUAGUUCUAGAAUUUCUUUCGUAUUCGAUUUGAACCAGGAUGCAUCAGAUGGCAUUAGUGUAUGAUAAUUUUUAUUUUUAGUUUUCAAUUUUUUGUUUCUGACAAGGUCACUAAGAAAAAGUUAAUUGGGCUUGCAUUCAACAAAAUUAUUCUAUGCAAUAACUGCAUUUAUUCAAACUAGUACUCUUUCACAUUUGGCAUUU